UUUGCGAUACACUCCAUGACAAACCAUAGACGAUGAAUCAGACACCAAAUUUAUCUCCUAUUUUAUUUGCAUUGUAUUGCAUUGUUCUGCAUCAUUCGAUGUAAUUGCGUUAUUUCAUUAUAAUCAGAUCGUAUUCUGGAUCUGAUUGAAGUUAAACUAUAAUAAGACAGUAGGCCUUAGUUGCCUCAUUGCACCCAUUUUUAAAAGUUAAUUCGCGAUGGCUAAACCAAAAACAGAAGAUGCUUCUGAAGAAGCGAAGAAAAUCGUCGAUGACGCAAAAAAUUUUAUCGAAAAAGCUAUAGGAGAUAUUGGAAAAACUUCUGCAACAAAACAACUUAUUUUGGGAACUGCGUCAGGAUGGAUUACCGGUUUUAUAACAAUGAAAAUCGGUAAAUUUGCUGCUGUUGGAAUUGGUGGUGGUGUCAUAUUGUUGCAUAUCGCCAGCCAAAAAGGCUACAUUGAUAUCAACUGGGAUAAAAUCAAUAAAAAAGUAGACAAAAUCAGCGACAAAAUUGAGAAAGAAGCCACAGGAAAAUCUCCAGAUUGGUUUGAAAAAGUAAUAACAUUUGUCAAAGAUAAUUCCUAUUAUUCAGCUGGCUUUACUGGUGGAUUCUUUUUUGGAAUAGCAUCAUCAUGAAAUUUAAAAUUUGUAAUUAAUUUAACAGUAGAGAGAUUUGUGGAUCGUAAAAUUGACAAAGCUGAAGAUUUGUUAAAGAAAAAAGAGAAAAAGGCAAAGAAAUGGUUUAACAAUUUCACUGGCGAUGAACACUACAAAGCAACUGAAACGCACAUAUUUUUAACAUCCUUUGUUGCUGGCAUGGCCAUUGGCCUUCUUUGUGGAAAAUAAAUAUUCAUUUAGUACACUCAUUAAACAAUUUAUCCUUACAGUAGAUCUGUUUAACUUUAUAAUUAGAUUUGUGAUCUAUGUAGUAUGCAUAAGAAAUGUAAUUGAUUUAAAAUAUAUGUUACUUUCAGUAUUGUUAAUCUUACUAAUUGUGCAAUAAAUACAACUUAUAAUC